UCCCAUCCGGCCUGCUACGACAGUCACUGACAAACCUCAGACCAGUCAUGAUCAGUCCUCUCUUCCCUUCUCUCGGCGACUCUCUUACUCGGACUCGUCUCAAGUUCUCCAAUUUCGCUCCUCCAGCGAAGAGCAACAACCAUCACCGCAAUAAUCAACGCGGAUUUCCCCGACCCCGCCGUCUUCUAGGAUUCAGACAAGACCUGGCAUGCAUUCGCCACGAACGCCCAAGUAGCCCAGGCUACAUCUCCAAGCGGGCCAUGGACUGUACUCCCAGAUGACCUCGCUACUCCAGGAGACUGGUCAAAAUAGCCAAAACGUCUGGCCCCUGAUAUCCAGAAAAUAGUUUCAACAUGCGUACUCUACUACUCAGCAACAAACGCUCCUCGCAACAUUGCGUGGGGGCUGCAACGAUGGAUACCGUUCCAGGACCAUACACAGCAGCAGCCACACCUCUUGCCUGCCCCCUCAGCGCUGGAGGCACCUUUAAUGCCUCCGGCUUCACCAACGCAGAUGGAACUUACUAGUCGUUCGGUGGUAUAAAAAUCCAACCUCUUCGUGCCGCUUCUUUGGAUCUGCCAAAUAAUUGGGUGCGCUACUGAGACCAUGUAGAGCACGAGACAAAACAUACAUGAAUGAUGUGGCCUCUUUGAUUUUCCACGCGUAUCCUUCCCUAUGCGAUGCGGGAUUGAUGAUCGAGAUUCUCCAUAUAUCCUUGUGUCGUUUCGUUUGAGAACCGGAAUGAUCCUU